UUCAUUGGCACGUGAGAGAACAAACCAAAAGUCCCAAUUAUGGCAAUGAAUAAAUGGGCUUAGCUCAUUCACAACUAUGCUAAAGCCCAAAGGCCCAUCAAAUUCCAACCUUGUCGUCGUCGUAUCCCUAAACGGCUAAACCUCUCCUUCUCCGACGAAACAAUCACGCACUCCGGCGACCAUAAACGCUUCUUCGAAUCCUAUGAAAAGAGGAAAAUUCAUGGAACCAAUCCCAACUGAUCUCAUUAUCGAGAUAUUCUCGAGAUUGCCGGCGAAGUCAGUCGCUGGAUUUCGUACACUGUCGAAGCACUGGGCGUCUACGCUUCGCAGUCCAGGUUUCACCGAGCUCUUCCAGACCAGAUCCUCGAAUCGUCCGCGUCUCUUGUUGGCGGCCGAACGAAAUGGUGAGUGGCUCUUCUUCUCGUCGCCUCAGCCACAGAAUCGAUAUGAGAAGUCGUCUCAUUUGGAUUAUCAUACCAAGUUCUCAGGAGACGUUAGCCGAUACAUUUGUAGCUAUGCCUCAGGUUUGGUUUAUUUUCCUGAUUUGUGGCUCUCAAAAGAUGCAUCGCCUGUGAUUUGUAACCCUAUCACCGGAAUGUAUGAGAGCUUACCUGAUCUGAUGAGGGAACAUCAUGAGAUUCUGUCAUUAGGAACUGGAGAACUGAGCUGGAGGAGUAAUAUCAUCAGUUGUCCUGCAUACGAUCGUUCUUUGAGUGAAGGGAUAUGCAUCAAUGGAGUUUUGUAUUACUUAGCUCAGACAGUUGGGGUGUCGUCAAGUGUGAUCAUUUGCUUUGAUGUUAGGUCUGAGGAGUUCAAGUUUAUUGACGCAGAAUGCUUCAAUGAUCAAGUUGAUGAUACUAGUGAGUUGAUUUUGGUCAACUAUGUGGGUAAAUUAGGAGGGAUUAAUUGGAAGUAUUGUCAAGCUGGUGAAAGGCGUACCGUUGAGUUGUCUAUGUGGGUUCUAGAGGAUGUCGAGAAGCAUGAAUGGGUUAAAUAUGUCUACAGUCUGCCUGAGAAUGAAGUCCUUGAUUCCUGCGAUUUUUCAGUUGCUGGAGUGACCACUAGAGGUGACAUUGUAUUGUGUAUGAAGUAUACAUGUAAACUGUUUUAUGUGUUCUACUUCGAUCCCGAGAGGAACACUCUCCAAAGCGUUGAAAUCCAAGGUUUUGGAACUAACCUUGAAGCGGUUGAGAAUCGUGGUAGAGUUUAUGCCUUUGUUAACCAUGUAGAGGAUCUUAGGGUUGACGAUGCAAAGCAACUCAAGUCAAGCAUCUCUCAAGUCAAGCAUCUCUGCUCCUGCUGUAAUAAAGUAUCGCAGCCUAAUUAUCAUUACUAAAAGGCCUGAGCCACAUGGAGAGAACAAAUGAAAGAGACAGUAGGGAAGAGAUGAAGACAGAACAAGACAAUCAUCGGAGUGAUAGAGUAUAAGAGGGAAGAAAAGAGAGAAGGGGUAAGGUAAAAAGCAGUAGGGCAUGUCAUAUAGUAUGUGUUUAUGUUCUUUAGUUGUAGACGUUGGAAGGUCUGUGUGAGUGUGAACCAAAUCUAGCUUUGGUAGUGUAUUACAUAUCUUUUGCAGAGAAUCGUAUUGUAGCAUUGUUGACUCUUUUUUUAGGUUAAUCAAGUUUUACAUAGUUUAAUGCUA